GCUAUGAACAACUCAAGUGAUUACUGGAUUGAGGAUGAGGGUGAUCUCAACUCUGUGAUAGAUUACAACGCAUAUGAGCUGCUUUGUGAAAAGGAUGAUGUAAGGAAUUUCAGUAAAUUAUUCCUCCCUGUGUUCUAUGCAUUAGCCUUCACCAUUGGAGUUGCUGGAAAUUCGUUAGUGGUAGCAAUUUAUGCCUACUGCAAGAAACCAAAGACUAACACGGCUGUGUACAUCAUGCAUUUGGCCAUUGCUGAUUUGCUCCUGCUCUUCACUCUCCCAUUUUGGGCUGCAAAUGCCGUGCAGGGCUGGGAGCUUGGAAGCGCAAUGUGCAAGCUCGCGUCUUCCUUGUACACCAUGAAUUUCAGCUCUGGCAUGCUGUUCCUGGCCUGCAUCAGUGUGGAUAGAUACAGGGCCAUCUCCAAACCCCAAGGGCAGAGAAGAGCUGGAAAACAGUGCAGUAUAACCUGCAUCUGGGUCUGGCUGGCUGCUGUCGUUCUCAGCAUCCCUGAACUGAUAUUUAACCAGGUGAAGAAAUACAAUGAGAGGAAUGAAUGUCUUCCUGUAUUUCCAGUGAACAUGGAAACACUCUUAAAAGCAACCAUUCAAAUCCUGGAAAUUAUCCUGGAAUUUCUGCUUCCUUUCCUAGUUAUGCUGACCUGCUACUCAGCUACUGCUAGAGCCAUCUUCAAAUCUCCAAAUACUAAAAAAUCUAGACCCUUCAUAGUUCUGUUGGCAGUGGUGGCCACUUUUAUUACCACCCAGCUGCCUUACAACAUUGUUAAGUUGUGGCGAGCCAUAGAUAUCAUCUACCUGUUGAUCACCGACUGUCAUGCCAGUAAAGUGAUAGAUGUUGCACUCCAGGUAAGCAAGAGCAUCGCUUUGUUCCAUGCCUGCCUGAAUCCUCUUCUGUAUGUCUUCCUGGGAGCCUCGUUUAAAACACAUAUUUUGAAAAUAGCAAAAACAUACGGAUACAGGAGGAGACAACAACAGAAUGGAAUAACUGAAGAGAUUUCUAUGAAUUAUGAAGACCAUACAGAAGAAACAGUUAGCUUCACUAUAUAGACAGCCAAUUACUUUCAUUAUCUUACAUAACAAAGGAACUAUUCACU